CGCCUCGCCAUGGAGGACGUGGAGUCGCGCUUCCUGCACUUCCUGCAGCCCAUCCGGGACCUCACGAAGAACUGGGAGGUGGACGUGGCCACGCAGCUGGGGGAGUACCUGGAGGAGCUGGACCAGAUCUGCAUCUCCUUCGACGGCGGGAGGACCACCAUGAACUUCAUCGAGGCGGCGCUGCUCAUCCAGGGGUCCGCCUGCAUCUACAGCAAGAAGGUGGAAUAUCUUUACUCAUUGGUGUACCAGGCCCUUGAUUUUAUCUCCAAUAAGAAGCGUGAGAAACAGCCUGCGUCAGUCGGUGUGGAUGGGGUUGGUGGGGAUACCAGCGCCAGACCAGGAGCAGAGGAAGAAGAAGAGUUCCUCUCUUUGGAUGACAUCCAGGACACCAGCCGAGCAAACAUGGACUUGAGGGAAGACCAACAGCGCAGUACAGUCAGUGUUGUCCCCUUGACUCCCAUGGCCCUGAUUCCACCCGAGGAGGCCGAGAAGAAGGACAACCCCCUCUUUAGCCAAAAGGGAGAGAUCUUGGCCAGCCGGAAGGAUUUCCGAAUGAACACCUGCACCCCUUAUAGCAAUGGCCUCUUCCUGCUGGACCUGGCCGGACUGUCGCCGACCCAGUGUCCGGUGGGGAACAGCGACUGGGGCCGCAGCCAUCCCAGGGGAGUUCCAAGCCUUGCUCCAGCGGCUGGCUCCACGCCCAUGGAGGCCAGUGUGUGCGAGAACCCUGUCCUUGCUCUGGACUUCUCUGGAGAAGGAACAGGAGCAGCCAACCCCACGGGUGACAACAAGGAGGGCUAUGACGACUUCCUGGCAGACGUCCCAGAGGAGGGCCUGGAUGUCUCCCACGCCGGAGCGGAGGAACACGUCGCACUUCAGACGAGCGCCCCCCGGAGGAAAGGAUACAUGUUGCGGGAGAGACCCCCUGCCCUGGAUGCAAAUGCCCACCUCAAGGAGGCGGCGGACCCAUGGCGCAGCCUCGACCCUUUCAGCUCCUCAGAGGACAAGCCCCUGAAGAAAGGCAGACCCUUCACAGUGCCCCGCGGCCUGGAUGAUUUGCCUGGCACCAAGCGGAAGAGGCGGCUGUCCAGCAAGCUGCAGGAGUUUGCGUCGUGGUUUUCAUCCACCGAGCCUGACCGAUCCGGCAGCCAGAGGGGCAGGAGGAAAGGCCCCACGUUUGCUGAUCUCGACGUUCUGUACUGGAAGCAUGUGAAGGAGCGCCUGGUGGCCCAGAGGAGACUGCAGAAGAGAUUGGUUCCGCUGCUGGAGAUGCGGCUUGAGGAGCCCGGUGCUCUGGAGGUGGGACGGGAGGAGGACAGCCUGGACGAGGGUGCUGAUGGCGGGCCAGAGGACUUUCUGGAGCACGAUGACACUCUCCCGUCAGAAGCCCCAGGAGCAGUGGCGGGCAGUGUGGCAGAUCCCGGUGAAAUCCCCUCUUCCCUUAGCUACGAGGAGCUGGUGAGAAAGAACGUGGAGCUGUUCAUGGCGCACUCCCAGAAGUACGCCCGAGAGACGGUGCUGUCCCGGCGCGUCCGUGACUGGGAGGAGAUGAUGGGCCCGCAGCUCGAGGACCAGGAAGCACGUGCCCCUUUCAACAUCCACGACUACGGAGACCAGCUGGUGUCCCGGUUCAGCCGUGUGGGUGAAUGGCAUUCGUUCGCCAGCCUGGUGGCAGGGCAGCCGGCCUUCGAGGUCUGCCGUUGCAUGCUGGCCUCCCUGCAGCUGGCAAACGACUACACCGUGGAAAUCUCCCAACAGCCAGGCCUGGAGGAGGCAGUGGACACCAUGGCGCUGCGCCUCUUGACCCAGGAAAGGGCCCACCGGCGCUUUCACACGUACACAGCUCCCUCCCUCAGCCAGCAGUGACGGCUCUCUUCUCCUCUGUGCUGUGUCUGCACGUGUGUGUGUUUGUGUGUGUUUGUGUGUGUGUGUAUAUACAUAUUUGCAUGUGUUUAAAUGUAUGAUAUCUGUAUAGUUUCUCCCACACUCACCUACC